UGGUUGUAAAAGAACCGUAACUUCGCACACUAGGUAACAUCCACACGAUAUUGGCAGGUAGGAUACGAGUCCUGAAUAAUAAUGCAAAUGUGCUUAUUAAUUUUGCACAUAUCUUCUUCAUUUUAUACCAACCUGUCAAGCUAACUCCUUCAGUACAGUUUCAUAACGAAAUAGAUUGAAUACGCGUUUUAAUUAAAAGAGUAAUAAAGCCGGUUAAACGAUAUUUGUGCCUUAUGUGCACAUGUUCCAACAUUGGUGAUUCACUUGUGGCAAAAAAACAAGGGACGACGGCAAGUGACGCAGCGAGUCAUUGAUCCCGGUGCGUUCCCGAGCGAUCGACGCCAUGCUCGAAUACGGGUCUGCUACUCCGCCUGUUCCGCUGUUCUCUCCGCUAAUCCUUGUGAUAUUUAUUGCGUGCGUCGCUGGCGCUGCCACUCUCCUACAAUGUGCGUUAGUUACCACACUUAUCAAACGGACAAGAAACGGUUUAUACUGUCUUAUUCUUCAACUCGUUUUGGCUGACUUUGUGCUACUCAGUGCUUCGAUUGGACCAGAAAUUUGGACUACAAAUGCAAAAACCUGGGACUUCGGUAAAUGCACCUGUGUAAUAUUUCGAGGACUCGGCGUAUUCGCUUCAACAGCAUCACUUUAUUUGGUCGUGACUAUAGCACUUCACACAUUAGCGACUAUUAAUCUGGAAGAAAAAAUCGCGGCUCAGAAUAAACGGAGUACUAUUAUAGAUGAUGAAUCUAGAUCAUCACGGCACAGCCUUGUGGCGAACAGUGAUACAUCAACUCCAACGCGAACCAUGAAUGUCGAUUAUAGACUUUUAACUAAUACCAAAGUUCCUAUAAUACCCCCAUCACUUUUUAUAUGGUUUUUAAGUGGGUCGCUCUGCAUUCCUGAAUUUGCAUUAUCCACUACUGUACCACUUGACCAUGAUAUAAUUGUUUGUGGCUUAGUAGAUUCAGGCCACAGAUUCAACAUCUAUUCUAUGCUAGCAAUUUUUAACUUUUUUAUACCUAUUUUCAUAAUGUCUAUCGCUGGUAUUUUGGUAGGUUUUAAAUUAAGUUCGAAGCAUUUUCGAAAGAAUGAUAAAGAAUCGUUAUCAGCUUUAAAAUAUUCUCUAAGUUUAAUUUUAGUCUAUUUUGUUAUGUGUUCACCACGAUCUCUCCUUCGUGUAUAUGAAAUAUAUUUAAAUAAUUAUAGCGAUAGACCCAAUACCGAGGACAACUUAUUUUUAACGAUAAAUUUAUUGUGUAGCAGCAUCUUUUUAAUGUCAAUGUUGUUAAAACCCCUACUGUGUAUUACAAUACUACCCAGAAUUCGAAAUAAUUUUUCUUCAAGAAAUGUAGAAGUAUAGAAAAUAUUAUAUUUUCCAGUGAGAAUAUAUAUAAUCCUAAUAAGAAUUGGUUUAAACUGUAUGGUAAGUAUCCUGACCAACACGUUACAAUAAUAGUAUGUUAUUGAGAAUGCUCUUUAAUCCUACAAAUUAGUGCCUAUC